UCUCUUUCACAGUCAGCUUCAGUACUAUAAUUUUUGUUAAAGUUCACGAGUACCAUAGUUUUCCUAUUAAUUAAACAAACCUUAGAAGUUAUAAUGGGAUUUUAUACUUAAUAGAAGCACAAUACGAUGUUUAUGCCUACCUAUUUUUCCUUCAAUAAAAAGAGGAAACUCAUAGUAUUGGUGUCUUUAGUUUAGACGGAAAUAAAAAGCAAACAAAAGAUGUUAGGGAAACCUUUGUUUUCUUCAACAAACAUAUGAAAUAAAAGAAAAAAGAAAGAAAUAUAUAUUUUUUCCUUUAUUAAAUAAGCAAAGAUAUGCAUGCUCAUUACGUGUCUAUAAAUACAAAUACAUUUGUACAUGGAAUCUACUAUAAACGUUCCCUUUGCUUCUCCGAUUCUUCGAAACACUUAAAUGAUAUUUUCAGACUCAAGCAAUUAAUCACAGAGGCAGUUACGCAAGAAAGAAAAUAUCGAUGACAGAAAAUGGUGAUCUUGCUACAAUUCCAACCAGCGUGAGCAAAUCAAUCCCAAUUUUGGUUGUCUUCAAAGAUUUAAGACAUGUAUUCAGUCUGGAUACAAUCGGGCGAGAGAUCCUAGGCAUGGCGUUUCCAGCAGCUUUGGCUUUGGCUUCUGAUCCAGUCGCCUCUCUGAUUGAUACCGCUUUUAUCGGGCGUUUGGGAGCGGUUCAGCUAGCGGCGGUCGGAGUCUCUAUUGCCAUAUUCAAUCAAGCUUCUAGAAUAACGGUAUUCCCACUUGUGAGCAUCACAACUUCGUUUGUGGCAGAGGAAGACACGAUGGAGAAGAUGAAAGAAGAAGCAAACAAAACCAAUUCUGUUCAUGCAGAAACUAUACUUGUUCAAGAUUCCUUGGAAAAGGGCCUUUCUUCACCUACAAGUAACACUACCAACCAGCCACAGCAACCACCUGCAUCGGAUACAAGGUCAAACAGCGAAAACAAAGGGAAUAAAAAAGGGAAGAGGACUAUACGAACAGCAUCAACAGCCAUGAUCUUGGGGUUAAUCCUUGGCCUUGCCCAAGCUAUUUUCUUGAUUUUCAGUUCCAAGUUGCUUCUAGGCUUCAUGGGAGUGAAAUCAGAUUCGCCAAUGUUAUCACCAGCGCACAAGUACUUGAGCAUACGAGCUUUAGGAGCUCCUGCAUUGCUUCUAUCUCUUGCUAUGCAAGGCGUCUUUCGUGGCUUCAAGGAUACCAAAACUCCUCUCUUUGCCACUGUCGUGGCAAAUAUCAUCAACAUCGUCCUCGACCCAAUCUUCAUUUUUGUGCUUCGUCUCGGGACCAGCGGUGCAGCCAUUGCCCAUGUCAUUUCUCAGUACUUUAUGACUCUAAUUUUGUUCAUCUUCCUCGCAAAAGAAGUUAACUUGAUGCCACCAAACUUCGGGGAUUUGCAGUUUGGAAGGUUCCUUAAAAAUGGGGUAUUAUUGCUGGCGAGGACCAUAGCUGUGACGUUUUGUCAGACCUUAGCAGCAGCAAUGGCGGCUCGACUCGGUGCGACACCAAUGGCAGCUUUUCAGAUUUGCUUACAAGUCUGGCUAACUUCUUCUCUUCUCAAUGAUGGUCUUGCCGUUGCUGGUCAGGCGAUUCUGGCUUGUUCGUUUGCUGAGAAAGACUAUACCAAAGUGUCGGCUAUUGCAUCCCGUGUUCUACAGAUGGGUACUGUGUUGGGAUUUGGACUGUCCGUUUUCGUUGGACUGGGUCUCUACUUUGGUGCUGGAAUAUUCUCCAAGGACCCUGCUGUUAUUCACCUCAUGGCCGUUGGAAUCCCGUUUAUAGCAGCAACACAGCCAAUAAACUCACUCGCCUUUGUAUUGGAUGGUGUAAAUUUUGGAGCAUCUGAUUUUGCUUACACUGCAUACUCCAUGGUAGGAGUGGCGGCCAUAAGCAUUGCAGCAAUAAUAUAUAUGGCAAUGACCCAUGGUUUUAUAGGAAUAUGGAUAGCUCUUACCGUCUAUAUGGCUCUCCGAGCUAUCACUGGGAUUGCCAGGAUCGCAACGGGAACCGGACCGUGGAGGUAUUUGCGUGGACGAUCCUCAUCAAUAUCCUAGGACUUAGUUUAUAAACGGGUUGCAUCUUCUCUUCUUCUUCCUUCUUCCUUUUUGUUUGUUUGUUUCUAGUUCUUGUGUUUUGUUUUCUCAUAUUUUGUUCGAGAGACCGUAAUAGUUUCACAUAAAUAAUUGGAUCAGAGUACUUUCAUAUUUUGUUUCUAUAAUGCAAAUUAAGUUACUAAUAUA